AUGGAAGAAAGAAAGUUAAGAUCUCGAAAAAGGAAAACAAGGAGUAAUUUAUCGGAAAAUGAUAAAGAGAAAGAACUAUUGCCAGGGCUUAGAUCUGAGCUAUUUGAUUCCCCUAAUAAACUUAAUACACCGGCCAAUAUCAAAUUUUCAAGUACCUUAGACGAAUCAAAUAAUCUUGUAUUAGAAGAUUCCUGUUUUGGAUUUAACUUCUUAGAAUCUGAACUCGAAUCCUUGCCCACGUCACCUACAAAAUCGGUUUCCUCUGUUACAUCUUCAAUGUAUUCGAUGAACGAUAACUGCAAACCUGCUCAUAGGAGAGCAUCUAGGUCUUAUUCUAGGAUUCCUUUACAAGAAAUUGACAAUGAACAACCCUCUAAGAAAAAAUCUAAAAAAUCUAAGAAAGCCAAAUUAGAGGACGAACGUGACCGUAAAGAUUGGAUAGAAAGCGUUACUUCGGAAUUUGAUAUGAUUGGCUCUCAUGAAUUGAAAAUUGUCUAA